AUGGAUUUUUCUUUCUUUCUUUCUUUUUUUCUUUCUUUCAUUUUAUAUUAUUCAUUUUCUUAUUCAUUUUUUUUAAUAAUUCUUUUUUUCUUUCAAACAAAUGAUGUUAUUAACUUUUUCUUAGCUUCAUCUUUCUAUAAUUUUUUUCUUUCUUUCUUUAUCUAUCUAUCAUUUGAAUUAUAUAUUUGUCAAUUUCUUUCUUUCCUUUCUUUUUUUAUUUAUGCAAUUUUUCGUUUCUUUUUAUCUUGUCCGUUUUUUUUCUUUCUUUCUUUUAUCUUUCUUUUUUUCUUUCUUUCUUUCUUUUUUUCUUUCUUUUUUCUUUCUUUCUUUCUUAUAUUAUUCUUUUUUUCAUGUCUUUUUUUUUACAUAUUUCUUUCUUUCUUUCUCUUUUCCUUUUCCUUCCUCAAUUCGAAUAUCAUUCGCCCAACAUCUUUCAAUUUUAUUAUUCCAUCUAUCUAUCUAUCUAUCUCUAUCUAUCUAUUCUAUCUAUCUAUCUAUCUAUCUAUCUAUCUAUCUAUCUAUCUAUCUAUCUAUUUUAUCUCUUUAUCUAAUCAUACUGAAUCUAUCUAUCUAUCUAUCUAUCUAUCUAUCUAUCUCAUAUGGAGUUUAUCUCUUUAUCUAAUCAUACUGAAUCUAUCUAUCUAUCUAUCUAUCUAUCUAUCUAUCUAUCUAUCUCUCUUUUCGAUUACCUUUUGUAUUUGCCGGCGGCGAGUGGAUCGACUAGGACAGCUAUCGACAACUACUACGGUGGCGGCCAACCGGUACGCACGCACACUCGACACGUUUCAGCGGCGGGCAAUUAAAACUACGCAUGCAAACAAAAACGUCAAAGAUGAUGAUGCUGCAGUGUCAAAGGCGACAGCUGCUGAUGCUGAUGACCAUGGCAUUGCAUUUACGGAUGAAAUUAAAAGCGUCUAUAAACUUUUAGCGCCAUCGACCGGUUAA